AUGAUCAGAAACAGCAAAGAACUUGAAGAGUUUGAUGAUGAACUUGUGUUCACUACUUAUUUCAACCCAUUACCGAGAAGAGUUUUGCCUAUAUCUAUGUCUACUAAAGAUGGUAGGUACACUACUGAAGCUGUGAACCUUGGAAGAAGAUUCAUGGAGACUAAAGGGAUUAUUGUGAACUCAGAUGCGGAGCUGGAAUCUCAUGCGGUUAAGUGUUUGAUGAAUGAUUUUGAUUGUGUCCCACCUGUUUACACAGUCGGACCGCUGAUUGAUCUAAAGGGUGAGAGUAAUAAGUUACAUGGCAUGGGGAGUUUUGGUGAAGAACAAGUGAAAGAAAUUGCAUUUGGACUGGAGCAAUGUGGGGCAAGGUCCUUGUGGUCUAUACGGAAGCCCGCAGCGAAGGAUAAACUUGCUGAGUCGAGUGAUUAUACUAGUGAUCAUCUUCAGGAAAUCUUGCCAAAUGGCUUCCUGGAGAGAACAAAGGAGAUGGGAAUGCCUUUGUACACUGAGCAGAAGAUUAAUGCAUUCAAAAUGGUGAAAGAUUUGGGACUGGCUGUGGAGUUGAGAUUGGAUUAUACAAACAAUAGUAAAGAAGUUGUGUUGGGGGAUGAGAUAGCAAGAGCUAUAAAAUGUGUGAUGGAAAGUGAUAAUUUGGUGAGGAAGAAGGUGAAAGAGAAGAGUGAAAAGAGCGGAUUAUCAGUGACGGAUGGUGGAUCUUCAUUUGCUGCAUAUGGAAAACUGAUUGAGGGUUUGUUAGUAAACAUGUAA